UUAAUUAUUGGAAGAUAAAAAAGUUUGUUUUUAUGCAGAAAGCCAUCACUUUGCUUUCUUUGAAGUGUUCAUAAGACCAAGACUUUUGUUUUUAUCCCUUCGUAUACACUAACAAUCUCUUCUUCUCAGCCUUCAUUUUUCAUCCAUGGCGGAUUCAGUUCUGUUCAAUGUUGCUGCAAGUGUUAUUACUAAACUGGGAUCUUCCGCACUUCGAGAACUUGGGUCUCUGUGGGGAGUCAACGAUGAGCUCGACAAACUCCAAAACACUCUUUCGGCCAUUAAAGCCGUCCUUCUCGAUGCAGAGGAGCAACAGUCCAAGAGCCACACAGUCAAGGAUUGGAUUGCAAAGAUCAAAGAUGUUUUCUAUGACAUUGAUGACUUGAUUGACGAGUUCUCUUAUGAAACCUUGAGAAGACAAGUUCUUACCAAGGAUAGAACAAUCACCAAACAAGUACGUAUCUUCUUCUCCAAAUCUAAUCAGAUUGCUUUUGGUUUCAAAAUGGGUCAAACAAUUAAAAAAGUUAGGGAGAAGCUAGAUGCUAUUGCGGCUAUUAAAGCUCAACUUCACCUCUCUGUGUGUGCGAGGGAGGUACGAGAUAAUGAGCCAAGGAAGGUACGAGAGACGUCCUCAUUCAUACCCGAGGGGGAAAUCAUUGGUAGGGAUGAGGAUAGGAAAUCUGUUAUGGAUUUUCUAUUGAAUACCAGCAACAUCACAAAGGAUAACGUUGAAGUUGUUUCCAUUGUUGGAAUGGGAGGAUUAGGAAAGACAGCACUCGCUCAAACUGUCUAUAAUGAUGAAAAAAUAAACAAUCGUUUUAAGUGGAAAAUAUGGGUGUGUAUUUCUCAAGAAUUUGAUAUCAAAGUAAUUGUUGAAAAGAUUUUAGAGUCUAUUACGAAAACAAAACAAGAAUCCCUUCAGUUGGAUAUAUUACAAAGUAUGCUUCAAGAGAAAAUUUAUGGAAAAAAAUACUUGUUGGUCAUGGAUGAUGUGUGGAAUGUAGACCACGAGAAAUGGAUUGGUCUGAAAAGAUUUCUGAUGGGUGGUGCCAGCGGAAGUAAGAUUUUGGUGACAACCCGUAAUCUACAAACUGCCCAGGCUUCUGACACGGUUUGGUUCCAUCACUUAAAAGAACUUGACAAGGAUAACUCUUGGGCGUUGUUUAGGAAAAUGGCAUUCUUAAACAAAGAAGAAGAGCUUGAGAAUUCAAAUUUGGUUAGAAUCGGUAAAGAGAUUGUAGCAAAGUUGAAAGGUUAUCCCCUUUCAAUAAGAGUUGUUGGACGUCUGUUAUAUUUCAAAAACACAGAAAUGGAUUGGUCAUCAUUUAAGGACAACGAACUUGACUCAAUUUUGCAAGAAGAUGAUCAAAUUCAACCAAUACUGAAGAUAAGUUUUAACCACCUUCCACCUAAAUUGAAGCAAUGUUUUACGUACUGUGCUUUGUUUCCCAAGGAUUAUGAGUUUAAAAAGAAUGGAUUGGUAAAACAAUGGAUGGCACAAGGUUUCAUUCAAGCACAUAAUAAAAAGGCAAUUGAAGAUGUGGGUGACGAUUAUUUUCAAGAGUUAGUGGGGAGGUCAUUCUUUCAAGACAUAAGAAAAAACAAAUGGGGAGACUUAAAGUACUGUAAGAUGCAUGAUUUGUUACAUGAUCUUGCGUGUUCGAUAGGAGAAAAUGAAUGUGUGGUUGUAAGUGAUGAUGUCGGGUCCAUUGACAAAAGGACUCGACAUGCCUCAUUUCUCUUGAGCAAGAGGCUAACAAGGGAAGUUGUAUCAAAAUCAUCCAUUGAGGUAACGAGUUUGAGAACAUUGGAUAUUGAUAGUCGUGCUUCUUUCCGUUCUUUCAAGAAAACUUGUCACAUGAACCUUUUUCAAUUACGAACAUUGAAUUUGGAUAGAUGCUGCUGUCAUCCUCCUAAGUUUGUUGAUAAGUUGAAACAUUUGAGAUAUCUUAAUCUUUCUGGUUUAAAUGUAACUUUCCUUCCCAAUUCUAUUACCACAUUGUAUAAUUUGGAAACACUUAUCCUUCGUUACUGCCUUUGGCUAAGAAAAUUGCCAAAAGAUAUUAACAAUUUGAUCAAUCUCAGGCAUCUUGAUAUUUAUGAUUGUUCCAGUUUGACUCACAUGCCAAAAGGAUUAGGUGGGAUGACUAGCCUUCAGACAAUGAGUAUGUUUGUAUUAGGAAAGAAUAAAGGUGGUGAUUUAAGUGCAUUGAAUGGACUUAAAAGCUUGAGAGGAUUAUUAUGUAUUAAAGGUUUACAAUUUUGCACAACUGCUGAUUUAAAAAAUGUAAGCUACUUAAAAGAAAUGUAUGGAAUUCAAAAGCUGGAAUUACACUGGGAUAUAAAAAUGGAUCAUGAAGAUGCCUUAGAUGAUGGUGAUAAUGAUGAUGAGGGAGUUUUGGAGGGCUUAAAACCACAUUCAAAUAUUCGCAAAAUGAUUAUAAAAGGAUACAGAGGAAUGAAGUUAUGUGAUUGGUUUUCUUCUAAUUUCCUGGGUGGUUUGGUUAGCAUAGAGCUUUCACAUUGUGAAAAAUUGGAGCAUCUCCCACAGUUUGAUCAAUUCCUAUAUCUCAAGCAUCUUCUUCUUGGAUACUUACCCAAUAUUGAAUACAUUGAUAGCGGCAAUUCUGUUUCUUCAUCAACAACAUUUUUUCCAUCUCUCGAGAAGCUAAGGAUUGAGAGCAUGCCUAAGUUGAAAGGGUGGUGGAAGGGGGAAAUUUCAUUUCCAACAACAAUAUUACAUCAACUCUCAGAAUUAUGUAUUUUUUAUUGUCCUCUGUUGGCUUCUAUUCCACAACAUCCAUCUUUGGAAUCAUUGAGAAUAUGUGGUGUUAGUGUGCAACUUUUUCAAAUGGUAAUACGAAUGGCUACAGACCUUUCUGAACAUUCUUCUUCUUCUUCAACAUUGUCUAAAUUAUCUUUCCUUGAGAUUGGAACUAUUGAUCUUGAGUUCUUGCCAGUGGAGUUAUUCUGCAAUAUGACACAUCUUGAGUCUCUUAUCAUAGAACGCUGCAAAAGUUUACAAAUGUCUUCUCCGCAUCCUGUUGAUGAGGAUAAUGAUGUGGUAUGGAAAAAACUCAGCAAUCUCCGGACACUUCGGCUUGAGAGCAUCCUCAAAUUGGAGUAUUUUCCCAAGAGUUUGAAAUAUAUUACAAGUCUUGAAACUUUGAAGCUAUCAAAUUGUGAAAAUUUAGUGAGUACGGAAGGGAUUGGCGAACUCAUUUCACUAUCACAUUUGGAAAUUGAUAGAUGUCCUAAUUUACCUAUAUUGUCGGAAGAUGUCGGCGACCUCAUUUCCCUAUCACACUUGCUUAUUUGGAAUUGUCCCAAAUUAACUUCCUUGUCAGAAGGAAUCACUCGCCUCACUUCACUCUCAAGUUUGUGUCUUGAAGAUUGUCCCAACUUAGUCUCCUUGCCCCAAGAAUUUCUCCACCACCACAGCUCCUUACCAGGAGGACGGUUCUUGAGAAUUUUGAACUGUCCCAAAUUGCAGAUUCAAGACAAGAAACAAAAGGAAGAAGAAGAAGAAGACCAGGAGGAUUGGAAUGAACUCAUCCAUGUAUUGACCGGAUGCACAAAUUACGUUACUGGUUUUAAAAGCUGCAAAAAGCCUAACUUCAAUAUUACCUCAACUCCAAAGAAUAAAGAGAUAAUAAUUGAAAAGAAGAAGAGAGAAGGCUGCGUGGAAGCACUUUCUCAAGUGAUUUUGCAGCGAAGUACUUCCUUUCCCUUUUCUUUUUACCAAUUCGAGGUUUGUUUUCAUCGGGAAAUAUUCAGUAUUGAUUUCAAUAUGAUUGCAUCAACAGAAGUCAAAUCCAAAGAACAGACAAUCACAAAAUGCUGUGCUCUAUAUAUAUAUAAGGAGAAAGUCAGUUCAUUUGUUCCAAAACAGAGGCAUAGGUGGAGGAAGGAACUAAAAGCAAAAGAAAAUGAGUGUGAUGAUAGUAACUGGGUGCCAUCUUUGGAAGAACUUAUCCUUGAUUAUUGUGGUAAGUUAAGAAAAUUGCCAGAAAAUACUAAAAGGUUGAUCAAACUUAAGCAUCUUAGUUUGGAAGGAUGUUCGAGUCUCGUUCAUAUGCCAAAAGGGUUAGGUGAGCUGAUUAACCUUCAAACAAUGUAUAGAUUUGUGUUGGGAAAGAAUAAGGGUGGUGAGUUAAAGGAGUUGGAUGGACUUACCAAAUUAAUAGGAACAUUAAGCAUGGAACAUUUGGAAUUUUGUACCGGUAGUGUUGAUCAACAAAUGAAGGGUAAGUUCUUGCAACUAAAGUCUGGUCUUCACAAGUUGGAAUUACAUUGGGAGAAACAUACAAUUGGUGAUGAUAAGUUGGAGGAUGUGAUCUACGAAAGUGUUUUAGAUUGCUUACAACCACAUUUAAAUCUUCGAAAGAUACUUAUUGAUGGAUAUGGUGGAGUGAAUUUAUGUAAUUGGGUAUCCUCUAAGUUCCUUGAUUGUCUUGUCACUAUAUGUCUUUAUCAUUGUGAAAGAUUACGACACCUCCCCAAAUUCGAUCAAUUUCCUAAUCUCAAGCAUCUUGACCUAGUAGAAUUACCCAACAUCGAGUACAUUAUUGUGAACAAUGAUGAUUCUGUUUCUUCAUCAACAAUUUUUCCAUCGUUGAAGAAAUUAAAGUUUUCAAACAUGCCUAAGUUGGUCUUGAGAAAUAGGACAGGCUAUGAAGAGCCAAACUUCAUGUCCUGCAUCACUCCACUUCAUAACCUCUCUGUUGUGCCAUCCUCCAAAUUUGCAAAAACUGAUCAUUUUUCAUCCAUGGCGGAUUCUAUUUUGUUCAACGUUGCUGCAAAUGUUAUAACCAAAUUGGGCUCUUCCGCGCUUCGAGAGCUUGGAUCAUUGUGGGGAGUUAAUGAUGAGCUUGGAAAACUACAAAACAUUCUUUCAGCCAUCAAAGCUGUGCUUCUCGAUGCAGAGGAGCAACAAUCAGUGAGCCACGCAGUCAAAGAUUGGAUUUCAAAGCUUAGAGAUGUUUUCUACGACGUUGAUGACUUGAUUGAUGAGUUCUCUUAUGAAACCUUGAGAAGACAAGUUCUUACCAAAGAUAGAACAAUUACCAAACAAGUAUGUAUCUUCUUCUCCAAAUCUAAUCAGGUUUCAUUUGGUCACAAAAUGAGUCAAAAAAUUAAACAAGUUAGGGAGAAACUAGAUGCUAUCGCUAAUGAUAAAACUCAACUCCACCUUUCUGUCCGUAUGAGGGAGACACGAGAUGAUGAGUUGAGAAAGAUGCGAGAGACUUGCUCUUUUAUUCCUAAGGGAGAAGUGAUUGGUAGGGAUGAUGACAAGAAAGCUAUUAUAGAUUUUCUAUUGGAUACCAACACCAUGGAGGAUAAUGUUGAAGUGGUUUCCAUAGUUGGCAUGGGAGGAUUAGGAAAGACUGCAGUUGCUCAAUCUGUUUAUAAUGAUGAGAAGAUAAAUGAACAUUUUAAGUUGAAAUUAUGGGUGUGCAUCUCUCAAGAGUUUGAUAUCAAAGUAAUUGUUGAAAAGAUUAUAGAGUUUAUUGCGAAAAAGAAACCCGAUUCUCUUCAAUUGGAUAUACUACAAAGUAUGCUUCAAGAAAAAAUUGAUGGAAAGAAAUACUUGUUGGUCAUGGAUGAUGUGUGGAAUGAAAGCCAUGAAACAUGGGUUAGUCUAAAGAGAUUUUUAAUGGGUGGUGCCAAGGGAAGUCGGAUUUUGAUCACAACACGUAAUCUGCAAGUGGCACAGGCUUCUGAUACAGUUCAGUUUCAUCACUUAAAAGAACUUGACAAUGAGAGCUCUUGGGCGUUGUUUAGAAAAAUGGCAUUUUUGAAUGAAGAAGAAGAGAUUGAGAAUUCAAAUAAGGUUAGAAUCGGUAAAGAGAUUAUAGCAAAGUUGAAAGGUUCUCCUCUUACAAUAAGAAUAGUUGGACGUUUGUUAUAUUUCAAAAACACAGAAAUGGAUUGGUUGUCAUUCAAGGACAACGAUCUUGGCACAAUUUUGCAACAAGAAAAUCAAAUUCAACCAAUAUUGAAGAUAAGUUUCAACCACCUUCCAUCUAAUUUGAAGCACUGUUUUACAUAUUGUGCAUUGUUUCCGAAAGACUAUGAGUUUCAAAAGGAUGGAUUGGUAAAGCAAUGGAUGGCACAAGGUUUCAUUCAAUCACAUAGUAAUAAAGAAAUUGAAGAUGUUGGUGAUGAUUAUUUUAAAGAGUUGUUGGGCAGGUCAUUCUUUCACAAUGUAAAAGUAAAUAAAUGGGGAGACGUCAAGGAGUGCAAGAUGCAUGAUUUGAUACAUGAUCUUGCAUGUUGGAUAGUAGAAAAUGAAUGUGUGGAUGCAAGUGAUAAAACUAAGUCAAUUGAUAAAAGGACUCGACAUGUGUCAUUUCCCUCCAAUUAUUCAAGGAAAAGUUGGGAACUUGAAGCAAAAUCAUUGACUGAGGUAAAGAAUUUGAGAACUUUGCAUGGUCCUCCAUUUCUUCUAUCUGAAAAUCAUUUGCGAUUACGGUCAUUGAAUUUGGGGUACAGCAAAUUUCAGAAAAUUCCCAAGUUCAUUAGUCAGUUAAGACAUUUAAGAUAUCUUGACAUUUCUGAUCAUGAUAUGAAAUUUCUCCCAAAGUUUAUUACGAAAUUGUAUAAUCUGGAAACACUUAUCCUUCGUCACUGCAGUGAUCUAAGAGAAUUGCCAACCGAUAUUAACAAUUUGAUAAAUCUUAAGCAUCUUGAUGUACAUGGUUGCUACCGUUUGACUCACAUGCCAAAAGGACUGGGUGGGUUGACUAGCCUUCAAACGAUGAAUUUGUUUGUAUUAGGGAAGGAUAAGGGUUGUGAUUUAAGUGAGUUGAAUGAACUUGCUAGGUUAAGAGGAUCCUUGCUUAUUAAAGGAUUAGAACUUUGUACCACUACUGAUUUGAAAAAUGCUAAAUAUAUGGAAGAGAAAUUUGGAAUUCAGAAGCUGAAACUACGUUGGAAUAGGGAUCUGUACGACGCUGAAACUGACUAUGCAUCAGAAAACGAUGAUGAGAGAGUUCUAGACUGCUUAAAACCACAUUCAAAUGUCCACAAAAUGCAGAUAAGAGGAUAUAGAGGAGUAAAGUUGUGUAAUUGGCUAUCUUUUGAUUAUUUAGGCGGUUUGGUCAACAUAGAGCUUCAAAGUUGUGAAAAGUUGCAGCAUCUCCCUCAAUUUGAUCAAUUUCCUUUUCUCAAGCAUCUUCUUCUUGAAAACUUACCCAGUAUUGAGUACAUUGAUAAUAACAAUUCUCUUUCUUCAUCAACUUUCUUUCCAUCCCUUGAGAAGCUAACCAUCAUGACAAUGCCUAACUUGAAAGGAUGGUGGAAGGGGGAAACCCCCCCGGAAUCUGCUCGUUACAGUGCCUUGUUUCCAACAAUAUUACAUCACCUUUCUCGAUUAGAUAUUUCUAAUUGUCCUCAGUUGGCUUCUAUUCCACAGCAUCCACCUUUGCGAUCAUUAGCAUUGAAUGAUGUUAGUGUGCAACUUUUUGAUAUGGUAAUAAAAAUGGCUACAACCCCUGCUGCUGAUUCUUCUUCAGCUUUGUCUAAAUUAUCUAUUCUUCACAUUCAGAAUAUUGAUCUUGAGUUUCUGCCAGAGGAGUUGUUUGGUAGUACGACAGAUCUUGAGAUUUUUACCGUAGUAAAUUGCAAAAAUUUGCAAAUGUCUUCUUCCCAUCUUGUUGAUGAGGAUAACGAUGGCGUACUAGGGAAAAAACUUGGAAAUCUCCACUCGCUUGGUAUUUUUGACAUGCCACAAUUGGAGUAUUUGUGGAAGGAGUUGAAAUAUAUGACAACUCUUGAACGUUUGGAUCUAUAUAAUUGUCCUAAUAUAGUGAGUCUUGAAGGGAUUAGCCACCUCACUUCUCUGUCAAGCUUGAGAAUUUGUAAUUGUAGCAAUUUAACUUCGUUGCCAGAAGGGAUCAGCCAUCUCACUUCACUAUCAUAUUUGACGAUUGUUUGUUGUCCCAAUUUAACUUCAUUGCCAGCAGGGAUUGGUCACCUCACUUCACUAUCAACUUUGCUAAUUAAGUAUUGUGUCAAUUUAACUUCGUUGCCAGAAGGAGUCAGCCAUCUCACUUCAUUAUCAAGUUUCACUAUUGAGGAAUGUCCCUGUUUAACUUCAUUGCCAGAAGGGGUCAGUCACCUCACUUCACUGUCAACUUUGAUAAUUAGGCGUUGUGUCAAUUUAACUUCGUUACCCGAAGGGAUCGGCCAUCUCACUUCACUGUCAAUUUUCACUAUUGAGGAAUGUCUCAAUUUAACUUCGUUGCCAGAAGGACUUUUACACCUGUCCUCCUUGCGAGGAUCAUUGACAGUUUCAAAAUGCCCCAAGUUAUCGAAGACGUGGAAGAAGCUAAACAAGUAGAGGAGGUGAAAGGAGAUAUUGAACAUUUACAAGAAGACUGAUAGUUAAUAUCCAAAGCUGAAAGAAAAUUUACCGACUGCCUGAAACGGUGUAUCAUCUCAACAUGCUGAUGGAGAAAGAGGGAAAAGCUCCAUUCAUUAAUUAGAGGUAUGCAUUAAUUAAUCUUCUUAUUUCCACAUUUUCCCUGUCUUUAAACAUUUGAAACCAAGAUUCCCAUAAAAUUAAAAUUUUUAUUUGUUAGUGAUGCAAUGACUUCACAAUAAUAUAUGGUUUGAUGGCGACAACAGAGUGAGAGAGAAGAAUGCUUGAAAGUACAUUGGAAGAAAAUUCAAAAAGUCUGAGAAUAAACCAAUCACAUAACAGAAAUUAAUUAUUGAUAAAAUUGUUUUCUACUGCUUUUUUAUGUAGACAUAUAAAGAACUAAGUACCAAUCUGGGAUGUAACUAAUCAACCUAUAUGUUGAUUGUACAAAUCUAAAAUUGAAUAUUUUUUAUGAUUCGGCUUGGAUCGAAAUCUAAAAUUGAAUCAAAUCUCCGACUUUAAAUUGGUUAUUCGGAUCAUGAUCCUGAUAUUUCUUUUUUAUUCUAAUCUGGCGCUUGUAUUUCGGAUGAGGCGCUAAUCGGACUUAGCUACCUCAACGGCAACAAUUUUGUUAUUGGUGGCACAAACCACCUGACCUUGCAGGGAAUGACUUAUAAUCUUGAAAGGACUCCAGAAGGCUCCAAUUAAGAGGAUCAUUGCGUAUUCGAGGAUUACAAUUUUGCACAACCACUGAUAUAGAAAAUGUGAAAUAUUUUGAAGAAAAGUCUGAAAUUCGAAAAUUGGAAUUACUUUGGGACACAUAUAAGAAGAAGCCGAAAAUUGAUGAUGCCUCAUAUGCUGAAGAUGAGAGGAUUUUGGAGUGCUUAAAACCACAUUCAAAUGUUCGCAAAAUGAGUAUAAGAGGAUAUAGAGGCAUGAAGUUAUGUGAUUGGGUAUCAUCUGAUUCUUUCCUGGGUGGUCUGGUUAGCAUAAAGCUUUGUCAUUGUGAAAAAUUGGAGCAUCUCCCUCAAUUUGAUCAAUUUCCAUAUCUCAAGAAUCUUUAUCUCAAGGACUUAUCCAACAUCGAAUACAUUGAUGAUAGCAGUCCUGUUUCUUCAUCAACAACUUUUUUUCCAUCCCUUGAGAAACUAAGGAUUAAGAAGAUGCCUAAGUUGAAAGGGUGGAGAAGGGGGGAAAUAGCUUCGAAUUACUCUGCUCAAUACACUGCCUCUCUUGCAACAGCAUUACAUCAGCUUUCUGAAUUAUGGAUUUUGGAUUGUCCUCAGCUGGCUUUUAUUCCACAGCAUCCACUUUUGCGAUCAUUGAGAAUAAGGGGUGUUGGUUUGCAAGUUUUUGACAGGGUAGUUAGAAUGGCUACAAACCUUGCUGCGGAUUCUUCUUCUUCUUCAACACUGUCUAAAUUAUCUAGUCUUGAGAUUGACAAUAUUGAUAUUAAGUUCCUGCCAGAGGUGUUAAACUGCAAUAUGAAAGAUCUUGAGUCUCUUACCAUACGAAAUUGCAAACAUUUACUAAUGUCUUCUUCCCAUCUAGUGUAUGAGGAAGAUGGUAGGCUAUUGUACUGGAAAGAACUUAGCAGUCUCCGCCGUCUUUCUUUUUGGGACAUACCCAAAUUGGAGUAUUUGCCAAAGGGUUUGGAAUAUAUGACAGCUAUUAAAACUUUGCGUCUAAUAAAUUGUGAAAUUUAUUGAGUAUUGAAGGGAUCGGCCAACUCAGUUCACUAUCAGAUCUGCGUAUUCUUAGGUGUCCCAAAUUACGUUUGUUGCCAGAAGAGAUCGGCCACCUCAUUUCCCUAUCAAGCUUGACUAUUAUGUAUUGUCCCAAUAUAAUAUUUUGCUAUUUUUGGUUACAUACAAUAUAAUAUAAUUGUCAUUUUUCCUUCUUAAUUAACCAUCAAUUAUUAAUUUUUACCAAUACUUUUUUAGGAUUUUGAUGAACCAAAAGGAAGGAGAAAGAGAGAUUACCUAACCCCAAUAGUGUUGUGUAAUAAUCUGUUCUCUCUCUCCUUUGAUGCAAAACAUUAAUAUAUAUACAUGAACAUAAUA